AUGUCAUUUCAAGCUUAUAGCCCCGGAGUCGUUGACUGCAACUCGGAUGUGGAUCUGGCAAAUGUUAAAGGAAGGACAGUUAUCGUGACUGGAGGCGCGAAGGGCAUGGGUGAAGAUGGAGUCAGAGCAUUUGUUGCCGCUGGGGCUUUCGUGACCUUCGGCGAUACUGACACAGUCAGUGGAGAGAAACUCGCAAGGGAACUUGGCGUCAAUGCCAAUUUUGUUAGAUGUGACGUCACAUCGUGGGAGGAUCAACUAGCCAUGUUCAAGAGUGCUGAAGCCGGUUCAUCAAAGAAGGCUAUUGAUAUUGUUGUAGCGAAUGCUGGGAUCAGUGGACCAGAUGAGGCUUUUAACAUUGAAGAUGAACAUGUGCUCAAUGAGGUCAUUACUUCCGCGAUAGACUCGGAUGAACCGUCGAAGCCCCUACUGAAGAUUCUCCAUAUCGAUCUGAUUGGAGUCAUCUACACAUUGAAGCUAGCACGACAUUAUUUUAUGAAGCACCCCCUUGAUGCCCACCACGAUCGGUGCUUCAUCAUGAAUGGCAGUCUAGUGGGAUUUUUGGAUGUUCCCGGGAUCCCCCAGUAUAUGGCUUCAAAGUGGGGGUGCCGUGCCCUCAUGAGAUGCGUCCGGAGAACAACGAUUGUCGACGGUGUUCGAAUAAAUCUGACGGGUCCCUGGUACGUUGGGACUACGAUCUUGAGCCCAGCAGUCCAAGAAUACUGCAAGAGUAAGAACAUUGUUUUCGCCGAGUCGGCUGAUGCGGCCGCGGCGUGGUUGAGGAUUGCCUCUAACCCAAACAUCAACGGUCGGUCUUUUGCUAUUGUACCUCGUGAAAUUGCCUCAUCGGGCUAUUUUGACAUUGGAAAGGAUGACUAUGAUGAGGGUGAUCUGUUCAACGAGCUUCAGGACAUCUUGUUGAGGACUUCCCAUCGUUUGCAGGUCAAGGCUUCAGAUCAAUAA